UUGGCAUUAUUGCAGUUAGAAUGUUUAGAAGAAAAUUAAGCGCUCUCGGUUACCAAAACCCAAACGAAUUCAAUGCAAAUGGUACGAUAUAUGAAAAUGAAUUUCGCAAUUUCAUCAUAUGGGUAGAGGAUCAGAAAAUUCGUCAUUACAAGAUAGAAGACCGAACAGGACUCAGGAAUAUUAAAAGCAGUGACUGGACUAAAGCAUGUGAAUCUUAUUUUAAAGAUCUAGGAUGUCCUUAUCAGCAAUCUGAGAGAACCAGUAUGAUUGAAUGGAUAUUAGCAUAUGCAGUUAGGCUCGAAUAUGGAGACCAUGUUGAUGAAUACAAGGCAGUAGAUCCUUCUAAUAUAGCCAUGUCCCAAACAGACCGUGUCCCUUCUUCAAAUCCUUUAGAUAAUUUGGAUUUUAAUGAUCCUGAUUUUAAGGCUGGUGUCACAUCUUUAUCCAUGAUUUUGCAAAUACCUCCUCAUGCUGACCACUUAGAACAAUUAAAGGCAAUUUGUAUGGUCGUGAAAGAUCGACUUUCCCAAGAAGCCAUUAAAAAAUUCUCCACAGAAAAACAGGGUGAACAACUUCCUUUAGAUCAGACAGAUUUGGGAUUUGACACUGGAGAUUACAUAAUAAAUGAAGCGGCUAAAAUCCUAAGACUUAUUCACAUUAAGAAUUUGAGAGACUUACAAACACAGAUAAAUUCAGCGAUCGUUGGGGUCCAGGCCCUUAUAGCAAAUCCUAAGACAGAUAGUCGAUUAGGAAAGGUGGGAUAUUAAGUUCUGCAGAAGAAUUCUCGACAGGAUACUUUUGUUUAUUGUUGUCUAUAGCAACAAAAGAUUGGGUUGUGGUCUUGUGGAGGACGACAUAGUGCUAUAUCUACUUAUCCAGGCUUUAGUGACUCGUUACAAGUAGAUCAAAAUAUUUCACAUUACAGUAUUUCAUUGAAAGGCUUCAAUUCAUUUGGAGUUCAGGUGUACACAUACUGUUGUGAUUAAUUAACCAUUGCUGAAUAUAUUGUAUCUCCUUAGCAUUUGAUUUAGGCCACUCAUCUCAUGAUUGUUUAAUACAACAGGGGCUUACAGUGAUUAAAUUGCUCUCUUUUUCUUCCUGAA